AUGUCCGGACAGUCGCGGCGAGUCGUGUUUCUGCUUUCACACUUGCCUCAUAGACAGACUCUGGUCAUAAAAUUCUACCCUUCACGUUUCAGUAAGCUAUCUCGUUUGAUCCCGAGGUUUCUGCCGAUGAUCGCCCGUAUCAAAAACUCCAUAUCCUAUCUGAAGCGAAUGCAAGAGGAACUUCAGGAAUAUGCAGAGGACCCGGACGUAGUGCAGGUACUCAAAGAGGAUAACGAAAUGUUGUCAGUACAGCGAUCGGCAUUUGGUGCACGCACGUACAGAGCAUCACGAGAUGAGCGAAUAUUAACACUCAAGCUGGCACUCUCCCAUAGAGGAGCAUCGAAUGCUACUAGCACUCACGGUGGAUUUCCGAUGUUCUAUUAUCACAAGUUUAAGAAUAUCAUGUCCGUAAUCCUGGAGACACUUGGCGUUCCAGAGCAGACCAAGGGCAGUCGCGUGCUCUACAUCACCGUAUUUCACAAGCUCUGA